CGUAACGUAUAACCUCUCCAUUCUAUCUGCCCCUCCUCCGUCCCCCACGACGCGCGACGCAGCUGCUUCACUCGCCUCCGCUCUGCGUACAUAACCACCACCCCGCGCGCCGCACGGCCGGCUCGCAACUCGCAACGCCAGUUGCGCGGCGUCUCAAACUCAAACCCGACUCGAUCCUCUGCAGGGUGGCCAAGAAAAUCAAGGUCGAGCCGAGCGAGCGAUCUCGAGCCCUCCCUCGACCGAUGCAUCCGCUCGUGGGGGCGCUGCUGGUGGGGGCCGGGGAGCGGUGGUGGUGGCCGUGCUGGGGCCCGGCGGCGCGCCACGCCGCGGCGUGGGCCGGCGCGCUGGCGCUGGCCGUGUCGGUGGCGUCGUUCGCGCCGGAGGCCGCGUUCCUGUGGGCGCUGGCCAGCGGCGGGUGCGCGGCCGGGUCGGUGCGCGUGCCGCUCGACGGCGGCGGCGACCACGUCUGCGUGCCGGCGAGGAUGGCCGGCCGGACCUGCGCCGACAUCAUCGUGCCGCCGGUGUUCGCGGCGCUCUCCGUCGGCGCCUCCGCGUGCUUCGUCCGGACGAUCGCCAUCGGCCGCCGCCACGGCUACUAACCAUCAUUGGAGCAAGCCCGUGUCCUUCCCCUCUGCUGUGCGACGCACGCCUCCGCUUCUGAGCACGUAUUAUGUCCCGGCUUCAUUUUCUCUCAGUCAUAGAUGAUGUUCAUUUUUUUUGGGUACAUUGAUGAUACUCGGUGGUUAAUCUGAAAUAUAGUCACAAUACCCCGAUCCCUCAAUCGGAUCAAGGAAAUGCACACAAAAUGCAAUUAUCCAGGGCAUGUUCUUAUCAUACAGAAAAAUGUUCAUGUC